UAACGACGUCGUGGAUGCUACCGUAGUCACUGGAACCUUGCGUUGGAUUGUACUCGCAAAUGUUGGGAUUUCUAGUUGCAUUUUUUGCGUACGGAUUUACAACCUAUUUGGCUCCGUGCUCUCCACUCUAGGAUCGUAUUCCCAAGUCGCUCGCUCGUUCUUUCGUUCAAUUGUUUUAGGAUGAAGCCGUGGACACGAGUGAGCACGUUAUAACGCACUUGCCGAACAGUUUUGGAAACAAGAGAUGCUCUGGUUUUAACCUGGGAUAAAGCGGGCCAGGUAAUGGGAAAGAAACCGAGCCGGGAGAACAACGGAACAGUGUUGGUUACGGGGUCUGAUCGGGCGCAGUCGGAGCACAAAUCGCUCGCGUAAAUUCGAUUUGGAGCCCCGCUGGAGUUGAUGAGAAAUGAACGUGGGAACGCCGACGACACGGGGAUGAUCUAGCCGUGCCACCGAGCGCUUUCAUCCGGAUCCGAACGAGUUACUACGGGGGAGAUUUUGGACUAUAGCUCGCUACUUACCGUGCGUAAUAAGCGCCCAGAGGCUUCGGGGCGCCAGCGGUCAGAUGGAGUUGCACUUUAUGGGUGUCGGGGUUGACAUGGCGAGGCGGGGGAGCGCAAAUGGAGCGGUCAUCCUUAUGGUUUUCUUGCUGGAUUUAGUGGGGACGACGGCCAGCAGCAUGGAACCGAUCUACUGGAACUCAAACAACGAAAGGUUCCGUGACGCCAAAGGCUACGUGCUGUACCCUCAGAUUGGGGACAGACUGGACCUGAUCUGCCCCCCUCUGGAUACUGCGCGCUCCACCCUGGAGUAUGAGUUCUAUAAGCUGUACCUGGUGUCGUCCCGGGAGCAGGCGGACCGCUGUGAGGUCACCGGGACCCCCAACAUCGUGCUGACCUGUGACGAGCCCACCAGAGAACGCCGCUUCACCAUCAAGUUCCAGGAGUUUUCCCCCAACCUGUGGGGCCACGAGUUCAAGAGCAUGCACGACUAUUACAUCAUCGCGACAUCAGACGGGACACGCCAGGGCCUGGACAGCAUGAGGGGAGGAGUGUGCGCCACGCAGGGCAUGAAGGUGGUCCUCAAAGUGGGACAAAGUCCAUAUGGGCUACCUCCGAAAAAACAAGACCCGCCUCCGCGCUCCAACAACCGAAACUCAGGUGGCUCAGGGAACAACACUCAGUCCAGAGGCACCCUGGAAGACGGGGGGAACGGGCCUCUGCAGCCCUCUAACAUCGCCCUGAUCGCGGGGGCCGCCGGGGGCUCGGCCUUCCUGCUGCUGGUCACUGCGGUCAUCUGUGUGGUGUGUUACCGACGGCGACACGCUAAGCACUCGGACACACACCACCCGCCUCUGUCCCUGUCCUCUCUGACCAGCCCCAAACGGGGCGGAGCCGGCGCCCUCUCCAGCUCCAACAACAACGGCUCCGAACCCAGUGACAUCAUCAUCCCGCUGCGGACGUCGGACUCGGCCUACUGCCCGCACUACGAGAAAGUGAGCGGGGACUACGGCCACCCCGUCUACAUAGUGCAGGAGAUGCCCCCUCAGAGUCCUGCCAACAUCUACUACAAAGUAUGAGGACAGCCCUGUGUGGACUGGCCGGUCCCUGUGGACCUGCCACACUUAGAAUGAAAGCAUCACUUGCCUUUCCCCAGAGUCCUCUGGACUCCUGCACACCUGAUCCUACGGUUCCUCACAGCGGGCAGCGGACUGAAGGGCGGCCCUGUUUUAGGGGGCAGCCCCUUUGCCCUAAAUCCCCCUCCUAAUGAGCCCCAGGCCAGCCUUUUAUACAGACUCUCCCUGGCACUGGGUUCUGAAGGGCACUUAGAGCACCAGGACUACACCUGCCUAGCCCCGCCCCCGGGAGCUCUUAUGGACCAAUCAAACCCCAGCCCUCACCAAUAACUCAUCCGUAGGAUUCGACUUUGUUCUGUUUGGUUUCUCUGAGCAGACACAGGCACAGACUGGUCAACCAGCGGACAUGUACAUGUGACAGUGUGUGAGCAAAGUGGGUGUGUGUGAAGUUGCUGGGUGCCCGUGGUCUGAUGGGUGCUCGUGGUUUGUGGGUGCCUGUGGUCAGUGGGUGCCUAUAGCCUAAUGGGUGCUCAUGAUCCGUGGGUGCCCGUGGUGUGUGGGCGAGUGGGCGUGCUGCGAGUGCUUGUGUUCUUUAGAUUGUCUUAAAAAAACCAAAACACUAAAUAGCGAGCAUAAAUGAGAAGAGUGAGAUUUUCUAUCACUAUUGACACUUAGAUUAUAUAUAUGAAUAUCAACUUUUUAUUUUAUUUUUGUUAUCGUUGCAUUUUUUACCCUCAGUCGUUUUGUUCCAUUUUGUGUAUUUCAUAGAGCGAUCGUGUUUCCGGUCAUUAGUUGGACCAUCUUGAGUUCCAUUCCGACAAAGGCUCUCCUCGGGGUCUAUCGGCCCUGUGUAUAUUUUUAUAGCUUCUCGUUCUAUGCCAUAGUUUUGGAUGUUUAGAUCUUGUGGAAAAGUGUCGAGGUAGAACCCAUCUACGAAAGUUUUGUUCGCAAACUUCUUUUUUCAAAACAGAAUGCGCAGCAGCGUCGGCGGUGUUCAGAUGGUCGGCGGGUGAGCAAAAAAAUUGAAAACGGCGAAUACUUUCCUAGUGACGGAGUUACACAAAAGGACUUAAGGAGUGCGCCAAUGUUCUAAAGACUUUUGGAGUGGUCGCCCGCCUCUGUUCACAGACUCACAGAAGCUGGAGACCGGUCAGCUCCGCGGAGUGGCGAGGACCGCUGCUGCAGAGGUCCGGCCCCAAUGUUCGUGUUGGCUCCACAUUGCUUUCGUGUAGUGGUCUUUCUACCCAAAUUGCCUAAGUGAGUGCGUCUGUGUACACCUGGACCUUAUCUUACCUUAAUGCAUUUUGACCUGUUUUGUCUGUUUAACACAUGAAGAUGUUCUGUUUUGUACCAUGGAAAGAUGAGUUGUAUUUAGACACCGAUGUUUAGUAAGGCGGCCAUGUUGUAAUUUUUCUGUGUGCUGUUAAGUCUGUCUAUUUAAACAUUGCUCAAAGUACUUAACCCGGCCCAAGCCAAAUGAUUUGUCACUGCCUCCACCUCACAAACACAAACAUGAGUAUCUACAAAGGAAGAGAAGCGGCUUGGAUUCAGAAUUUGAAUCUUGAUUUCAGCAGAUUUGAAAAUUAGAGCUGUGAGAUUCAUCGAAAUCACGGUUUGAAUCGAAACAGCAAGCAAAUAGCAAAGUCUGUGAUGUCUGAAGUAACGUCAUUUCCUUCACAAACAACAAAACGUUCCGUCGUAGGAUACAUUCAGACUACUGCCUGAAGUGACCCAAAUCCGAUUUUUUUUCGCCCCUGUGCUCCUGUAUCUGAUCUUUUAAUCAAAUUUUUUUAAAUGUGACCCAGGACACUUGGAUAUGUGCUCCUAAAACCGAUACAUAUCCGAUCUUUUGACACGCGACUUCAGUCUGAACGGCCAAGGCGCAUUCAUCCGACCUACAUGUCAGGCUUGGAGUCUCGUCAAUGGAAGGAAAGUGAGGUUAGCGAGUUUAUUCAUAUUUAGAAGGAUCGCUGUAUUCAGGACAAAUUGGAAGCGUCUUAUCAGAACCAGGUGGUUUUUGAAAUGACUGCCAAAGAAAUGUCCGAGUGCGGCUACAGACGGUCCUGGCUCCAGUGUCAACAAAAAAAAAUAAAGAGCCUGUGAGCCAAAUACAAGCAGGGUAAAGACUCAAACAAACAAAGUGGCCAUGGACGUGUAACCUGUCCAUUUUACCAAGAACUGGACCAUGCUUUUGGAGACAAGCCCUCCGUUUAGGCGACUUCCAUAAACACUGAGCACACUCGCCGCAUCUGACGUCGUCGUGUCGCCAAGUGCACUUGCGGGGCACUUUUGGGGAGUUUAAAGUUCACUCUGGAGAUCACGCACAAGUCGGAUUUAAUUGGAAAUGUGAACGAUCUCGUAUUUCACAAAAAAAUCCAAAUUGAGCAUUAAGCCCUGCAGUCUGAACAUAGCUGUAUAGUCCAUAAAAACAUCUAACCCUGUAGUUUACAUCUAUACAAAAAUGUUCUGAAAUGUGAUUCUUAUAUUAUUUUGUCAGUUCACAUUUCAGUCUUUUUGUCAGCUGUUCUGAACAUGUUGAAAAUGUGAACUUUUAACUGAAUCCUAUUAUUAAAACUUCACCAUUUUGACAAGCUCCCGGCCGCCCCCCGAGACGGACUGAUGAGCGAUGUGGCGAUGUGAAUAAAGUGUCUCGUCCAAGAACACAAAUUGAUCACAACAAAAUUCAGUUUAUAUAGCAGAUCACUAACAGGAUAUGACUUCAUGACUUCACAACAAGGUACAAUAUUUUAAAGUUUAAAAAAAAAAAAAAAAAUCUACAUUGUAAAAAGAAAAAAAAGAAAAAAGCUCAAAAUUGCUCAAAUCUCGAUCAAAGUUUUGAAUCCGAGCCCUUGGACCUCUUGUAGAUAUUCCAACGCGUUCCUCUACUUUUGGACUUGUUUUGUUUUCAUGGCGUCUGUAGCUCUCUCUCUCUCUCUGUCCCUUUUUGUGACAUUUUUGUAUUUUUCAAACUGCUUUGUCUUUUCGGAAAAGUGAAAGAAUCGGAGUGGGGGGUUGGUGGAAGCGCGUGCGUGUCGAUGUGAGUGUCUCUUUGUGCCAACAGCCGGCCAGCCCCUGCACUGCAAAAAACACAACAUGAAAUAAAUCUGAGUUACCAGGACUUGAACUCUAAAUAUUCAUCUCAAUUUGACUAGUUUAAUUGUAUUUACUGAAAAUAUUCAGUUGUGUUAACAUCAUUUUACUGCAAUAGAUACAUUGGUUCAUGAUGUUUUUUUCGGUUUUCAAGUGCAAUAAGAUUUUUGUCAUUACGCUUUUCUUUUAUUGUCAGUGGUUGCUGAAAUGAAACGUCAUUUUUUAUGCCAGAUGCCCUUCCUGAGUAGACAGUGUAGUUCUGAUCUCUGUUAUAAUGUAGUUUCCUCGUCAAAAACAUACUUGGGGUUGUGUUUUGUUUCAUUUACACAUGUUUAACACACAAAUCUUGCAUAUUCAGUUUGAGUUCUUCUCUCAAACAGAAAACAUUUUGUUCCACCUUGUGAUGUCACGGUAAUACAAGCUCCAUCAUGUUUUUAAACUCUAUACACCUUCACUACACUGUAAACUUGUAUAUAUUACCAGAACUCAUAAAAACUGAGUCAGUCGUUUACCUCAAUUAUUUUAAGUUAAUGAACUUAAAAGUCACAAUCUUCCAGAACUUAAAAGAUUGGACGGCUACUUGUACCUUUUGAAAACAGCUCAAUUAAUAGUGCUCAUUUAACUCAAGUCCAAUAUUUGCUUUUAGAGUUUUCAAACCAUGGGAAUAAUUUAAUAAAUGUUCAGUUUUAAAUGUAAUACAUGAUUUUGUAGACACAAUCCAGUACAUCCAGCUGUAGUACACAUAUAGACACAUCAUAGUAUAAGCACAUUAUACACACUGUAGAAGGGAGAUUUAAACCCAGGUCCCUCAUGUGAAAGUCAGAGAUUUACUAGUCUAAUCAAUGUUAUAUAAUAUGUAUAUAGUUUAAUAAUACAUACAUACUCACAUACAUUACACUUUACAGUAUACACAUAGUACAUCAUACACACAUUACAUAUUAUUUUUAACUACUUAUCUCUGCUAAGUUGUACCUCAUCUAUGUUUUUAAGUUUCAUGCAUUUAU